AAAAUAAUUUGCGCCUCAUAUACCUCAGAUCUUUCUACAACUACAAUUUCUCUCGUCAAUCAUAGGUCAUAGGUACAGGCAAGCCAUUAAAUUCUUGAAUAGAAAAAGAUAUGCGACAUCGACCAUAUAUAUAGCUUAGUGAGUACCUACACAAGUUUGACAUAGAUUGACAUAGAAAUGAGGUUGAAUGAGGAUAUUGCCAUCUCGACCAGCAAGGUCUUGCUCGUGCCGUACGACGCACACCAUGUACAGCAGUACCACAGGUGGAUGGAAGACCCCUCCAUCCGCGAAGCCACGGCCUCGGAACGCCUCUCGCUGGAAGAAGAGUACGAGAACCAGGCGUCGUGGCGUGAGUCGCGAGAUAAACUCACGUUUAUUGUGUGUGCGCCGCUGUUACGCGGUGGUGGUUCUUUAGAUGUAGAGGAGACGAAAGCUGUGCUUGCAGGAGUGGGAGAUGCGGUAGAUAGGAUGGUGGGGGAUGUUAAUUUGUUUCUGAGUCCUUGGGAUGGCGAUGGCGAUGAUGAGGAGCAGGCGCAAGCGCAAAAGGGAGACGAAAAGGAAGCGAAGACGUACUGCACAGCGGAAAUCGACAUCAUGAUCGCCGACCCCAAGUUCCGGGGAGUAGGUCUCGGCCGCGCGGCCGUCGCUACGUUCCUGUACUUUGUACGACAGCAUUUAGACGGUAUCCUGGCUGAGUACAUGGGUUCCCUCGACAUCCCUACCGCAAAUAGCAAGACCGCUACCAGCAAGCCUGUGCUGAAAGAUGUCGUGGCCAAGAUUAACGCGGAUAACAAAGCUAGCAUCGUGCUAUUCCAAGCCCUUGGGUUUAAGCAAAGAGGCGAGACGAACUAUUUCGGCGAGAUAGAGAUGGUGUUUGAAGGGUUUGGGUUUGGGGAGAUAGACGAGUGGGACAAGAUGAGCUCUUCUGUGAUGGGCGAUAGGUAUGAAGAGUUGUUUUAUGAUAGAUCGCAGCUGAAGGAGUAGAGUAGAUGAUGAGCUUUACGGUAUUUA